AAAGAAAGUACAGUAUUGAAUAUUCAAGGCCUGACGAAAUUCUUCGUUUUCUUAUUGUCUGUCAAAUUUUCAAUUUAAAUUCAUGUAAGACUAAGUGUUGCACAGUUUCUAAGACGGAAUAUCAGCUGUCAGCUGACUCAUAACAAACCUUUUAGGACUCACAAAUGUCAUCAUCACUUUAAGACGACAAACAUCACUGAUAUCGUUCUGAAAGAAAUUUUUGAUAGAUGCUAAAUCAAUGGUAAAACAUGGAAGCCGUUCCGCGCCUCCCUAUGGUAUGCUUUGAGCUCAGAACUCAAUCUGAAACCACAAAUUUUGGACCCAAACUCAAAGAGUACAUCCGGGAUUUCUACAAUGAAGAUCCUGAAACCUAUUCACAUGAAAUUAAUCAGCUUGAUUCUUUGCGAGCUGCUGCUGUACGACCUGGAAGAGAUGUUUCUGGUGUAGCAAAUCUUAAGCGAUAUUACUGCCAGCUUCAUUUCCUUAUGAGUCGUUUCCCUAUGACCAAAGAUGGGGCUGCAGCUGUGCAGUUUAGCUGGCGAGACACCUAUGUUGGAGUUUCAUUUUCAGUAGCUGACAUUCGAUAUGAAAUAUCGUCAAUUUUGUACAAUAUUGGCGCACUGCAUACUCAGUUAGGUAUGUCAGAUACCCGAACAACAGAAGAUGGCAUGAAGAUGGCCUGCACCCACUUUCAAUGUGCUGCCUGGGCCUUCCAGCAUUUAAAAGAUUCGUAUCCUCCUUCAAGUGAAGCUGAUAUUGCUCCUGAUAUCAUGCAGUUUGCCUAUCAUUUGUGUCUUGCUCAAGCCCAAGAGUGCAUUCUGGAGAAAAGUAUGAUGGAUAACCGGAAAGCAUCAAUUAUCGUGAAAGUUGCUGUACAAGUUGUCAACUACUACAGUCAAGCUUUCAAUGCAUUAAAGCAAUCCGUUUCUGAAGAAGCUGUUGGAACCAAAGUCUAUACAAGCUGGAGAAGAUUGGCCAAGUUUAAAGAGAUUUAUUAUCGCUGUGUGAUUCAACUUUUCCAAGGCAUGCAAGCAGAGGAACAGCAAAAAAUGGGUGAAAGAGUUGCUUUUUAUCAGUUGGCUCAUGACACACUAGAGGAAGCAAUCAAACUCUCCAAAAAUCUUGACAAGGGAGAGAUGAACCCAAAGCAGGUACAAGAGUCUCUAAGCUUCACUCAGGAUGUUGUGGAAGGCAAGAGAAAAGCUGCUAAGAAUGAAAAUGAAUUUAUCUACCAUGAAGAAGUGCCUGAUCGUGAUCAACUACCCAAGGCGAUGGGUGUUUCUCUUGUGAAGGGAAUACCUUUCAGCAUAAAUGAUUCUGAAGUGUCUGGGCCAGAUAUAUUUGGAAGAUUGGUGCCUAUGAAAGCACAUGAAGCUUCAUCGCUUUACAGUGAAGAAAAGGCUAAGUUACUGCGUAAGGUUGGUGGCUCCAUUGAAGAAAAAGACCAGCUUCUUACAGCAUUCCUGUCAUCUCUGCAGCUAGAUUAUCUUCAUUGCUAUUCUGAACCUAAUCAGUUGCCACAGGAAUUGGUGGAUCGUUGUGCAGCCCUUAGUGCUAAACCAAAUGCCAUUCAAAGCUUAACGGAAUCCAUGUCAAAGCUUUCUGAAGUUUGUACAGAAGUGGAAACAAUGCUCCAAGAAAUCAAAACCAUGUUGCAGGAGGAAGAGAUUUUAGAGAGAGACUACCAAGCAAUUAUGGGCAAAAGACCUCCUUCCAUAGUGGCUACAGACUUAACUAGAGAAGCCACUAAGUAUCAAGAAGCACAUGCAAGAGCUAAUGAAUCAAAUGAAGCCCUUCACAAGGUUAUGUCUACCCAUAUAAGCAACCUCCGCAUUCUUUCCUUACCUCUAUCACAGCUGCAACAACAAAUACCACCACCACCCACACUCUCUGACGCAGAUAGUGGAAAAAUUGUGAGAGAAAUGCAAAAUCUGAUGGAGAAGGUGGAAGAAAUGCGGUCUCAGCGUUCCAUGCUAACAUCUCAACUUCGUGACUCGAUUUGUAAAGAUGACAUCACCCAGCGCCUUGUUACAAACCAAAACGAAAAUGUAGACAAUUUAUUUCAAGAUGAACUGAAGAAACACCAAGACAUUGUGAAAUUGAUUCAGCAAAACCUCACAGCACAGGACAAUAUUUUGAAAGCUGUAACGGAUGCUUAUGCACGCUAUAGCAAUGUCCGAAAGGCCACUGCUGAAGUAGUACGAAAAAGACAAUCGGUUAUCAAUGCCCUUAUAUCGUGCUUUGAUGCAUACGAAGAUCUUUUGGCCAAAUCUGCAAAAGGUCAUGAGUUUUACAAUAUUUUGGAAACAAAUGUGAGCAAGCUACUAGGGCGUGUUAAGAGCACAUGCCGAGUUCAACAAGAAGAAAGAGAGCAGAUGCUGAUAAAAAACAAUACUGUAUUGCCUUCAAAGACACCAAGGAAAGGAGCAAAUACACCAGAUGUUCCUGGUAACUUUUCUAAAACCACUUCUGCACCCAAACUCAAGGACUUUUUAAAUGCUGAUGGAGGUUUAAAUAGAGCGAACAAUACUUUCUUGAACUCUGAAGCGGUUCCCUCUGCAUAUUCUGCUGCUGGAUUAUAUGGACAGAUACCAGUUGUUUCAUCUUCAUCUUAUUAUGACUCAACUGUUGGAGCAACAUCAGGCCUUUCUAAGGUGCCUGUUGAUGGUAAACCACAAAAUUGGAUGCCUGGUGUGAGGCCAGCACCCUUGGGUUCUGAAGCUACAUCAUCGGUAAUAAAAUCAGAACCUCACGACAUGACAAGUGUUCCCUAUGCAGCUCAAGCACCAACUGUUCCUGCUUACUCUCAGCAAGUAUAUAACUAUGCCGGAAUGUGGGGCUAUGGAAGUCAAGCUGCUACUAUGAGUACAUAUUUGCCUACAAAUGUUCAGUAUUCUGUGGAUAUGAAACCCAGUGACAUGCAAGUUGUUCAGCCAGCUCACCAGCUAACCACCUAUAACACAGAUCAAGGACAUCGAUAUACUCCUGUUGGUGGAGCUUCUUAUCAGAGUGGCUCUAAUGAGUCUCUUGGAUCAUUAAAUACUGUACCUCAAGCUAACACUCUUUCAAUUCUUGAAAGUGCGAAGAGUGCAACAUCACCUGUGAAUCAUAUGCAAGGAAAUAUUAUUCCAACAUCCAGCUAUCAGUACGAAGCAUACCAUCCUGCAGUUGGUGCUGCAUCUGGCCACCAAUACAAUGCCCAUAGUGUGCCAGCAAAUUUUCAAAAUUCAACUUACUAUGAGAAUACUGCAGCCUCUGUUCCAUCUGGGUACCAAAAUGUUGGAGAUCAGACUGUACCUCCAGCAUACAGCAGUAUGUCUGCUGCUGUGCCAGGUACUGGUAUUAAUCAGUAUUUAAAUCAGCCAUCUGAACAACCGGGGAACUCAGUUUAUUUGUCUGGUGCUAUUCAGAAUACAAGUCUAAAUCAUCAAUAUUCAAGUCAACCUUCUGAUCAAGUUGCUACCUCCUCUACAGCCUACAACAGCAUAGCUGGUGUUGCUCAAAGCACCAAUUCUAACCCAUAUGCAAACCACUUUGCUCAAACCCCUGAUGCGUACGGUCAACAAGCAUUAGCCAACUAUCAAAAUAUUAAUAAUCCCUCUGCAACGGCAGCUAGUCAAGGAAAUGUGUAUUCGUACGACCAACAUUACCAGGGUAGUUGGCCGGCAAGUGCUCAAAGCCCUCUCAGUGCUGACCCAGCAUAUGCAGGCUAUCAAAUGCCAGGGUCCAGCAACUCUUUCCAAUAUCAGUAUAACCAAAACUCAUCACUCUAUUCCAGUGCUGGAUCCUACCCAACCAAUCAAACAUCUUCAAGUUAUUCCUCUCAUGUGCAAUCUUAUGGUUACAACUCAAGUACAGCAUCCGCCACUGGAAACUAUUAUCAAGUACCGCCAUAUGGUGCUCUAAAUAAUAACAGUGAAGCUGCUGUAGAGAGUGAGUCGUUCACGACUGGUCAGCAGGAUUACAACUCCCAGGGAAUGUACAUGCAAGCGCGCAUGCCAAAGUCUGAUUCCUACACUACCAACAGUCCACAAGCAUCAAGAAGUUCUCACACCGAAAAUGCCUCUUCAUCCAAUGUUGAUUUAUUGGCAGGGCUAGAUUUUUCUAUCAACCAACAACCUUUAGUGCCUGAAUCUGGAAAAAUCACUCCCCACUCAGUUAAAGAAUCCAUAUCUUCAUUUCCCUCUAGCACUGGAGGUUCAUUGGAGAGAAAUGAUCAAGAGCAAAAUUUAAUCUCAGCAAACCAUGGACCAGACACCAGUACUGACACACUUGUUGAAUCAAUGAGUAUUUUACAGAUUCCAACCGAACAAACAAGUAAAACUCCAAAUCCCAAGUUACCUGUAAAGGACCCUUUCCAGGACCAAGAUUACCUGAAUCAAUUUACUCAAGAUGUUGAAAAAUAUGAAAAAUUUGUUGAGGGGCUGACACUUAAAACAUUGAAUGGUCCUACACCUCUUGACAUAAAAUGGAAAGAGAUAAAUGAACUGCAGGAAAAAGACUCUCACCGCAGGAGUAUUUCAGUUGCUAGAUGUUAUCCUAUGAAGAAUCGUUUCUCUGACAUUCUCCCUUACGACUGCUCACGGAUUGAGUUGCCCUCCACCAAGGAUGAUUAUAUAAAUGCUUCUCACAUGAAGGACUUGACUCCAUCAACACCUUCUUUCAUUCUGACUCAGUUACCACUUCCUUCAACAUUUAAUGACUUUUGGAUAAUGGUCUAUGAGCAACAAGUAGAAGUGAUUGUUUGCUUGCUGAGCGAUUUUGAGCUUGAGGGGCAAUGUUAUUGGCCUGUUGAAAAAAACCAAGAAAUGUCAGUUGGACGAAUGCGUCUGAGUUUGCAAACUGCUAACAUCAAACAACACUGGACAGAAAGAAUAAUUUCUGUGAGCGAUGCAGAAACAAGAGUUUCUCGAAUUGUUGUUCAUUUUCAAUUCACUGCAUGGCCUGGAAGUUCUUUUCCUGCAUCUCCAGGACCUUUUCUGUCAUUUGUCUCAGAAUGUCUCACAUUCUAUAGUCAACAACGAGUGGCAUCACAUCCUCUUGUUGUUCAUUGCUUGUCUGGCGUUGGGAGAACUGGUCUCUUCUGUUUAACAGCAGCAGCUAUUUGUGAAGUUCAAGCUGGACGUGGACUGAUUGAUAUUGUCAAGUUAACUGCUGCAAUGAGUGAGCGAAGGAAGGCUGCCUUAAGAGACAGAGAACAUUUGAAAUUUGCUUAUCUUUCAGUACUUUACUAUGCUCAAGAUAUAUUAAUGAAAUGCGGGAUCUUGACUAGUGGAUCCAGUUUUGAGGACAAACGGAGCCGGUCUGAUGGAAAAUGUCACACCCGUCAUCCCUCCCAAGAUUUUCUUCUCGGGCCCCCUACUGGUCUGAGUCAACUUCAGUCAGGAAUUGAGAAAAUGGGGUUAGGUGUUCAAAACCAGAGUGACAGCAAUGGAACAAAAGAAUUUCAAAAUGAGGCAAUUUUGUCUUUAAUGUCUACUGAGAAGGCUGAACUCACCCCCAACUCUCAUCUUACUGAUUUAUCUCUACUGAAUAAAGGCAAUGCUUCUAAGGAAUCAAAAUCUUCUGCUGAGAACUUUAAGAAAGCUAGUCAAGAGCAUCUUUCGAAACAUGAAUCAAAUUCUACUGAUCCAUUCAGUGAGAUUGAUCCCUUGUGGCCACUCAAAAGAAGUUAAAUUUGUGUGGUUUAAGUAGUUAAUAGAUAUAUUCCGAAUUCA